AAGAGUGACUGAGUGAGGGAGGUAACUGUAAGCGCUGUUUAGAUUCUCAUUUGUUUCAAAGCGAGAAAUUUGACAGUGUUUUACUCUCUCGAUCGCGGUUAGCUUCGAAGUAAGGGUCGCCACCGGAUGACCUUAAGCUGGUGAAGCGAGCGAUUACAAAGGACUGCUUUCGGGAAGAUGUCUCGCAUACUUGUUCCGACGUAGGGGGAGUGUGCAGCAGCCAGUUGGCUGUCGACUUGCUAGCUAGCUCGGUGAGUGGAGGGCUGCGGGCCCUCCUCAGCCUAAAGUAGCUCCUGCAGCUGGGCAACACAUUCUGCGACAACGGCCGUUUGACAACUGCACAACCGGGAUAUUAGCAGGCCGGUACGGGCAGACGGAAGGCGCUGGAUCACUUCUCGCACCGGCGGAUGGUAUCGGUGUCUCAAGCCGCAUUGCUGGACAAGACGACACGAAGUGUGGCGUUGCGUUAUGAGCUCAUGAAACGCAACAGGAGACCGAGAGAGGAAGAGGGAUGGCGCAGAUUCAUCUCGAUUACAGUUAGCUAGGCUAAGUAAAAUAGAUACAAGUGUGCUGUUUAAUAUGAUCUAAGCUUUUGGAAGCUGCAACCAGCUCGUCCCUUUUUGACGGAGGAUAAACAUAGCCAUACGGGACUUGGAAUCAGGCUGCCAUUAUGUCGAAAAUGCCGGCCAAGAAAAAGAGCUGUUUUCAGAUCACAAGUGUGACUCAGGCCCAGGUGGCGGCUAUAGGUGCCACCGACGACACGGAGAGUCUGGAAGACCCAGACGAGUCACGGACUGAAGACGUGUCGUCGGAAGUAUACAUGUCGCGGGCCGAGUACGAGCCUGCGUGUGACAGGAGUUCAUCUGAAGAAGCCCUGAAUAAUGUUGGGGAUCCAGAGGCAAUCAGUGUUAUGGCAGCAUCACACAUACCUCAAGCCGGUCAGUUGUCUGCGCUAUCAGGCAAUCCCAUUGGGGAGUUUCGAAAAGUGGGAGUGUCGGGCUCAGCUCAAGGUGGUCAGCAGCCGCCGGGGAUCGGCGUUACAAGUGGUUUACCCCUUAUUACUCAACCUGGGGCAAUGCAGCAACAGUCUGCUCCAGCAACCAGCGCUGGACCAGCCAUUGUGUCAGUAAAUGCAUCACAACCUGCUGCAGUGACCAGUUCAGCUCCUCCUCCUGCCACCUCCACGGUGAGUUGCACUUCACGCUUCAGGGUCAUUAAACUCGAUCAUGGUACUGGAGAACCCUUUCGAAGAGGAAGGUGGACGUGUACAGAGUUUUAUGAGAAAGACUCUGAGAGCUCUGUUGUUAGUAGGACUGUAGAUAGCAUUAGGCAUGCCAGUGCAACACCGGACCCUGCCGCAGACAGAGACAGUGGACUCGGGCUUACAGGAGGCUCUGUGGUUGCCCCGGCAACACACUCAGGUCAGGGCUUGGGCUCCAUGGCUGACGCUUCUCUCUCAUCAUCUCGCAUGCAUUCAGUGGAGACACUACCACACCAGCAGCAACAAAUCCACCAUCAAAGCUUCGGUGCCCGUCAACAGAGUGUUAGUGGGUCGGCCACGCAGAGUGCUUUCUCUAGCAGCAAGCCGACAGCUGCCCCAGCUCAGCAAGCAGUGGGAGGUCUCCAGCCUUCUGCUCCCCAGAGCGUGCUGCCUGUCGGACAGAAUGGGUUGCCUCAAUCUGGUGUUCACAUACAAAAGUCCCCCAUCAUGCCUCCCUCAGCCCAGCCCAUUGCUUACCCUCCCCAGCAGCAGCAGCAGCAGCAAGUUCCUAUGGGCCACCCCUUGACCAGCCAGUCAUCUGGACUGAUGCAGAACCAGACGGAGUACUAUCAGCAGCAACAGCCUGCUGCCAUGCAGCCAGGGCUUUCCACUGGCCAGUCCCUUCCAGUGUCCACCCUCUCUGCAGGGCUGCAGCCUGUGGGACAAGGACCUGCUUCGGUCAUUCCUCCAGCCUCUGGAGGAGCUCCUGUGCCAAGUCAGGUUGGAGAUAUUGCUGGAGCAAGAGGGGGAUCUGUACCUACUGGACAGCCAGCUCCGGGCCUCUUGCAGCAGCAGGCUGUAGGAAUGGGUGGUGUCGGAGGCUCCAUGCUGGUUGGUGGAUCCGCUCUACAGCAGCAGACUGUGAGUCAGUAUGCAGCCGCUGGACAGCCUCAACCCCACGGCCUCCACCCCACAUCCUCCGGUGUACAAAAUGUGCCUGCCAUCGCAGUGAGCUCCAGUGUUCCCACCACUGUGCCCGCUGCUGUGCCCAGUGCCUCCAGUGCAGCCAUGCCAAAUGUGACAGUUUCCAGUUUGCCUCCAGGUCAGAUACUCCACAGCAAGACUCCAGCAAAUUUGGGGGCACAGGGCCUUCCAGCAGCUGGAUUUGGACUGGUGGAGGGUGGUGGUGGAGGAAGGAAGCUGGAGGGUCUCGUCAAUGCACAGUCUCCUGUUGUCUCUGGGAAGGAACCAGUGAAGGCCCUAAUGCCUGAGAGCCUGCAGCUCACCACUCCGUCUGUCAACAGCCUGUUUGGAAUCCACAUACCUGUCGACGGGGAGGAGGACAGGAACCCCUCCAAGGCUUUCUACCAGGCCUUCCAGUCUGGCAGCAGAUUAAGGGACUCAAAGGCCCACAGUGAUAGUGCCUCUGGAACCAAUGUUGUUGCCAUUGAUAAUAAAAUUGAACAGGCUAUGGACCUGGUGAAAAGCCAUCUGAUGUAUGCAGUGCGCGAAGAGGUGGAGGUCUUAAAGGAGCAGAUCAAGGAGCUGUAUGAGAGGAACUCUGUGCUGGAGAGGGAGAACGCCGUGUUGAAAUCUCUGGCCAACAGCGAGCAGCUGUCUCAGCUGUCCACCCAGUCAGCCGCCAGCUCCAGUGCCACGCCUCCCCAGCAAGGACUCAGCCAGCCUCAGCAGCAGGCCCAGCCUCCGCUUCAACUUCAGCCUCAGCCUCAGCCGCAGUCACACCCCCAGCUCCAGCACCACCCGAAACCCCAGCAGCUCCAGACUCAGCUCGAUCCCGGCCAACAACAACAAGUGCAACCCAACGUCACCUCCGCUUGAAGUGCAUCUGCCCUGCUUCGCAUGGGGCAGAAAAAAAAAGAAGAGCAUCUUCUCUACAACUUAUUACAGUUAGUGUAUGUGAAAUUAAAAAGAAGAAAAAAAAACUUUGUCUUCUUAGCCACCAGCUUGACCACAAAGUACAGUGCUUGUAUGUGCGUGUGUGUGAGAGAGAGAGAGAGAGAGAGAGAGGGAGAGGGAGAGGGAGAGAGGGUGAGUUAGCAAGCAAGUGGGAAUUUGAUGUUGGAAUGUAAGAGUGUAUGCAUCUGUACUGUGGGCCUUUCCAGUGUUAAUGCAAUCAUGAAGAGAGAGGGACAGAGAGGUUUAGACAGACAGAAAGUGUGUUUAGAGACAGAGUAUCGGGGAAGGUCGGAGUGUCUUUUUUUUUUGGUCUUUCCAUCUUGGGUUGACUGCCAAGUCCAAGCGUCUGGAGAGGAUGUCCUUUCUGGGACCAGACCCGAGCGAGACAGGCCCUUCGACCGGACCUGAAACGUGGGUGUGUAAAGGGAGGGGUUCACCUCACAUAAGGGACAAAUGGGAGUGAUUGUCAAAAAGAGAGCGAUUAUUUUUUUAAAUGAGAUAAUUGAGUGGGUAAAGAGUUAUUUUUAGCCUUUGCUGUUUCUUGUUGUAAAGUAAGACGUGGGAGAGAGCCUGUUUUUCGGAGCGCCACACCGCUGCCGUUACUUUUACAUCAAGUCCAACUCUUACAUCGGUCUUUUGAGUUCUACUGUCACGUGUUUUAUUUAUUACAGGGCUGCUAUUUUCAUAAAUGAACAAUUACAUGAAACCUGUUUAACAGUAGCCCAUUGACUUGGUUUCCUCCUUUCUUUUACAGUGUUUCAACAGACUGGCCAAUAGAUCCUGGGGGCAAUGCUUUAUAUUUGUCAAAAAUGUAGGCAAAAUGAAAUUCUGACAAACGUGUAACACUAACUCAAAUUUUACGCUGCAGUUGCCAAUCCAUAGUUCAAGUUAAAAAAUCCAGUAUGAAUGUACAUUUUUGUGUAAAGUAUAAAGUAUUGAGAGCCUUGAUGGGUGACUCUGCACCUAUUUAACAUCAAAUCUGAACAUGAGCCUGCACAAGGCUGUUGAUGAAGAUUCAGUUCUGUUGGUAGUUUCUCUAAAAGUGAAUUAGUAUUGCCAUAACCCCCCCCCCUCCUCCUUACCUUGUUUUAUUUUUUUCCAUUGUUUUUCCUGAGGGGGCCAGGGGGAAAAGCUGUGAAAUCAUUCAACCUACUUUGUAACCAAAGAUGCAAAGCUGUGUAAAUUGAUUAUUUUUAAAUGCACACAUGUAUUUGUUUUGGAUUUUUUUUUUGUUACUUCCUCUUUCACAAAAUAUUUUGUUGCUGUUCAGCAUGUUCUGCAUGAUCUGUAAUCUUCAAACCACUUUCUUACCUCAUUUUUAUUCAGCACUCUUAUUGUAAGAUAGUCUGUGAACAGUGUAAAUGGGGGCAGGGGGGGGGGGUGAUGUGGCACCGAGAGAAAAAUAACCUAGUGUUACUGACACUAGUCACAGAAAAAUGAAGUGAGCCAUGUUUUGUUCAUUUAAAUGGUGUUUGAAUUUCAUAUGCCAAUAGUUUUGUUACAUUGCAAAUUUUAAUGUAUUUAAAUAAAAGCAAUAUUCAGAU